AUGGAGGGUUAUCGGCAAGAUGUUGGCAGAGCUGCCAGCAGCAUGAGUGUGCCUAGCGACCUGUCAGAUUGCAGCCCCCGGGCUUUGAUUCGGAAGGUGCGUUUCCGCCAAGAUGGAUGGCAUGCAGAGAAACUUUUGGAGAUGAUAAUGUUGACACUGCAGGUGGCCUUGAGCCGCCGCCGUUUACCUUCUUGCGGUGACUUCGUGGGAGACCAAACUGGAGCCAGCAUCACUGCCAGCAGCCUACGAGACAUUUCUGGCACCUUGUUCCAUGAGUUCCGCAAAGCUGCUGAUCAGGGCCUCACCUCGUACUACCUGAAUCAGAAUAUCAAACUGAUCUCGUUUUGGAGGCCUUGGAUGUUGGAAGCUGAUGGUCCUGCCUGGAUUCGCAGCUGCUUGGCCUCGCGGGGUUUCAAAACAGAGAUUUGCAAGGUGUACCACACCGCAUAUGCUGGCGUGCAGGGCUGCAGCUUUUUCGAGCUGAAAGUCUCUUGGUGA